GCGAUUCAGUAUUUUUUUGAAAUUUCUUAGAAUCAAAACUAACACCUCGCACUCUUUAGUAAUUUUCAAAAUUUUUUCCGGACUUCAAUAGGUAGCCAGCCGCCAGUCGACCAGGCCAAGAACAAUGCCUCAAUUUGUGUUCUGGAGAAGCGAUGCCAAGAAGAAUCAGCUCGAGCAGAUCUCUCCCCUCUGGAAGGAUUUGAAUGCAACAUUUGUGACGGUCCUUAGCUGGAGUUGGCUCAUCUACGCCUUCUCUGCAUUGGUAAUCGUCGUUUGUGCAUAUUUUGCAUAUUGUGAGCGCUGCCGCAGAACUGAAUCAGUGCGACGUCGACGGGUGAUUCAGAGAGCUCAGGAGCGGCCCCCACAAAAGCGACGACCGAAUGCGGCUUAUCGGGACCACCAGAUCUACCGCCAUAUCAUCCUCAGCGUGGCCAAGUACAUGAAGAAUCCGGAUGGCAUUCGACCCUUUAUCGAGCACAUGGAGCAGCUAUAUCCACUAAGGCACAACUCGGCCGAUCAGCAGCAGGUGGCCGAGCCAAGUGCUGGAGAAGAUUAGUGUGAUCCAGGAGUAGGGGUAAAAUCAAACAAAUAAUUUAGAAACUAAAUCCAUAGAAUUAAAAACUUAGAAGUAGUAUGAAAUGCAGUAAAGUGCUCUUAUUUUUGUUAUAUACUAA